GGGCCCCGAGUUUUGCGUUUGAAAUCUGUGACGUAGCGUAAAUUAUGUUCGUACAAGUUACGUCGGUGUCGUAGGAACGACCUCGGAAUACGUCGCCGCGUUGUUGCUCAAGAGAAACUUACGGCACUCACUUUGCACCGUUCGCCAUUUUGGUUUGCUGCGCUUAUACUUAGUUGUUUUUUUUUUCUAUAGUGACUUUCUAGGUGACGUAAUGCCUCCCAAAGUCAAGGCGGAGCCUUCCGGCGGACACACUUCAAAGAAAAGGAAAGCCAUCACCAUGGAUGUCAAGUUAGACAUAGUGAAGCGAUCGAAACAGGGAGAAACGCCGACGAACAUCGGCCGCGCGCUCGACUUAAGCCGCUCUACUGUCGCGACUAUCAUUAAGGAUCAAGAUCGCAUCCUGGAGCACGUGAAGGCAUCUCCGCACAUGAAAUCGACCAUAAUAAGCAAGCAGAACAGCGGGCUAAUGAUAGAGAUGGAAAGACGACUGGUGCUUUGGCUGGAGGACCGACAAAAGCGACGUCUCCCCGUGAACCUCGCGUUGAUCCAACAAGAGGCGAAGCGUCUAUUCGAGAUGCUGAAAGGUCAAAUGGGGGAAGGCAGUGAGGGAAAAACGUUCGUGGCCAGUCGAGGUUGGUUUAUGCGAUUCAAAGCUCGCGCUAAUUUGCAUAACCUUAAAGUGGAAGGGGAAGCCGGGAGUAGUAGUGAGAACGAAGCAAUGAGUGAUUUCCCCACCGCAUUGGCGGAGAUUAUCAGGGAGGGGGUGAAUAAUUGCUGUGCGCAACAACUGUUGGGUGAGGGGUUGUUUUUGAAGCCUCCAUUAAAUACGAAGGUGGAGGCAGACACGAACCAGGAAGAGCAGGACAACCCGACCACAGUGGGCAAAAAGUUCACGUGCAAGAGUUUAGCGGCUGGUUUCUUGCUGAUAGAGGAAGGCUUGGCUAAAUUCAAGGCUGAGGACGCAGACGCGGCCAGGUACGCAAGGGUCUCCAAGGGGGUCAUGGAUAACCUGCGGUGCUACAAUGAGAUUUGGGAGGAGGUCAAGAGGAUCUCCUUCCAGUCAAACCUCGAGCGGCUCCUCAAGAUGCGAGAGAGGCCUGCACCAGAUGCCCCACUGGAUCCAGUGCAGGAUCCUGAAAUAUCGUCAUCAACUGCUUAGUUAGCUCCUGCGGCCUUGAUCUCCGACAAAAAGUAGCGAGAACUCAAACGGAUCCUAAACUCCACCUCAUCGGCUUCUUUAACUCCUCCAGCGCCUUCUUCAGCCUACCCGGUUUCUUCAUGAUCCCGCUCUUGCAACCGCUCCAGAAAGUUCCAGCUCUCUCCUAUCACAUACUCGCAACGUGUGUGCGUGUUAACCGAUAGGAGUAAAGGUAAGCAAGUUACUUAGCAUUAUAGGCUAAGUCUUUUUCAUACAAAUAUAUUUUUUAAUUAUGACAACUCAACUAUGAUGGGUAAAUUUGCAUUUUGAGGGUACAAACAAUCGGGCCUAAUUUGACCUAAAACCUCAAUUCAACAUUCUCCCCAAGAAACAAUAAUACGAAGGCAGGGUGAUAAUAGCCUUCAAUUAAGAUCCUUGAUUUCCCCGAUCCCCAACAAUGCAUUUUCUGAUCUUAACACAUUUUUGCCCUUUUUUCAAUCAAGAAAAUGCAAAUAACACACACUCAGAGGUGGCCCUUCAAACACAAUCGUUAAUCCAUUUUAAUAAAGUAAAAAUAUUGAACGUCAAUAUCUUGACAAAACUAUUGUCUUUUGGAUCAAUCUGUCACUGACCACAACAUGAAUAAAAGGGACAACCGGUACUUGAAUUGCAAAAUGAACCUUUGUAAUUGAAAAUGUGUCAUCGCAAUGCAUCUCUGCGAUAAGUCAGGGAAUACUUCUCCGAUUGUGUCAAUCCAAACUGCAUUUUAUUGUUUGUAAAAUCAGAUUUUGCACUCUGUCAGUGUGGAUGUACCUGAUCAAGGGUCCAUUAAUGAUCACGUUCCAAAGCUAUGCCUUCCAUUUCUUCACGGCAAACCGAGUGUGUCUACUUGACUUUGUUUAAAUGCGAAUGUCCAGCCAAGAGACUUAAGCCCUCUUUUUGGUUUUGACCAGGCCCUUUUCAACCAGGCAGCGGUAGAACUCUUGGAUGUACGUGUAAACGCACUUCCAGUCGGGCUCCUUCAUCCGGACCAAGUCUUCGGGGUCCAGCAGUGGGGGACAGCCGGCCAGCCUCCUGCAGACAGAGAAGCAUCGACACCGGAGCCCUAAAAUCAGA